GCCCCGCGGCAGGCCCUACCGGCCGCGACUCCGGGCUUGGCCCCGGCCCUAGCUCUUCGGCGGUGUAUUGGGGCGCGUGGAGUCUGUAGUCACGGUGGCACCCGCGGGGACGGAGGAGGGAAUGAGUGAAGAGGAGCAGGGCUCCGGCACUACCACGGGCUGCGGGCUGCCCAGUAUAGAGCAAAUGCUGGCCGCCAACCCGGGCAAGACCCCGAUCAGCCUUCUGCAGGAGUAUGGGACCAGAAUAGGGAAGACGCCCGUGUACGACCUUCUCAAAGCCGAGGGCCAAGCCCACCAACCUAAUUUCACCUUUCGGGUCACCGUUGGCGACACCAGCUGCACUGGUCAGGGCCCCAGCAAGAAGGCAGCCAAGCACAAGGCAGCUGAGGUGGCCCUCAAACACCUCAAAGGGGGGAGCAUGCUGGAGCCGGCCCUGGAGGACAGCAGUUCUUUUUCUCCCCCAGACUCUUCACUGCUUGAGGACGCUCCAGUUUUUACCACUGUGGCAGUUGCUGCUCCUGUUCCAUCUGCUGUCCUAACGAGCUUUGGCUUGGGCCCUUUUUCCUUUAGGUGUCCCCCCAUGGAGCUGCAGCCCCCUGUCUCCCCUCAGCAGUCUGAGUGUAACCCUGUUGGUGCUCUGCAGGAGCUGGUGGUGCAGAAGGGCUGGCGGUUGCCAGAAUACACGGUGACCCAGGAGUCUGGACCAGCCCACCGCAAAGAGUUCACCAUGACCUGCAGAGUGGAGCGUUUCAUUGAGAUUGGUAGUGGCACUUCCAAAAAGCUGGCAAAACGUAAUGCGGCAGCUAAGAUGCUGCUUCGAGUGCACACAGUGCCUCUGGAUGCCCGGGAUGGCAAUGAGGCAGAGCCUGAUGAUGAUCACUUCUCCAUUGGUGUGGGCUCCCGCCUGGAUGGACUUCGGAGCCGGGGCCCAGGCUGCACAUGGGAUUCUCUGCGAAAUUCAGAGGGAGAGAAGAUUCUGCACCUUCGAAAUUGCUCUCCAGGCUCCCUAGGUGCUCUGGGCUCUACCAGCUGCAGCAUGCUCAGUGAGCUCUCAGAGGAGCAGGCCUUCCAUGUCAGCUACCUGGAUAUUGAGGAGCUGAGCAUGAGUGGGCUCUGCCAGUGCCUAGUGGAACUUUCCACCCAGCCAGCUACUGUGUGUCACGGCUCUGCAACUACUAGGGAGGAAGCUCGAGGGGAGGCUGCUCGCCGUGCCCUGCAGUACCUCAAGAUCAUGGCAGGCAGCAAGUAGAGCCCCAGCUGGACUCACAGAUGUGCACCCUUUGCUCCCUGCUCUUUCUGUUUCUGGGGCCACGCAUCUGCCCACUCAGGUACCCUGUGGAGGUGUCAUCUCUACCUCUGACACAGACUACCUGCCUUGAGGCUGAGGAGGGCACCAGGCAAGGAGCCAGGGACCACACGGCCUCAGUCAGCCCAGGAUCUGACCUCAUUCUGUGGGUGAUGAUGAGUGGGAAGGAAAUUGGGGGCCUUACUGAGUCCAGAAUAAACAUGCACUCUGUGAUUU